AAUAUUAAAUAUAUUUAGAUGAAAACAUAGAUCGGAGUUUUAAUUCAUCUUCACAAAUUCACAAAUAUAGAUCUCUCUACAUAAGGAAUCUAUCAAAUUAGAGUUUCUGUGGUAUUAAAAUAAACUUAAAUUCUCUUAGCCAGGAGCUUAGCCAUACCUUAUUAUUAAUUCCACUCGUUAAGAAGCCAUUUCAGUUAAUGAGGUGGACGAAAAACAUAUAUGUUAUCCAGAAAAUAUACAUCAUUAAUAUUUUUAUUCUCAAGGAUUUUUAAUAAUAUAUGAGGAUGAAGAAAUGCUAACUAAUGUUGGUUGUGCAUUCCGAUUAGAAGAAAUAUAAUUUAAUUCAAAUAUUCAAAUCUAGAUGGAUUUACUUUUCUUAGAUAUAAAGUCACUUCCAGAUAUACAUUCUCAAGACUUCACUUAAAAUGUGAUGCAUUUACAUUCAAAAAUGAAACCAGUAUCACAUGCUUCAUUCUUAGUGUCCAAUCCACAUCAUUACAAUUAAAUGUAUUAUCCUGUUGAUUUUGAUACUAAUCAUUUCUGUAAUGUAUAAACUCAAAUCUUUACUACUCCUAUUAACAUAUCAUUCACUAAAGGAUUUGUAGAAGAAUAAAUUAAACUUCAUUUUAAUACUUUCAUUAAUUAAACUAUGCAUGUACUCACUUCUAAUAGAAAUUCUCUUCAAAACAUAAUGUUAAAGAUAUAAUCAGAUAAAAAAAUCAUUCAAUUAUCAUAUAAAGAAUAAGAAUAUAAUAUCAAUGAUCCUAAUUUAAUAAACUAGAUUAAUUAGGUAUAUUAUUCUAACUUAUUAGAGUUUUUAUGACUUACAUCACGAUCUCUAUGUCCUAUGGUGUGAAUUAAUUUCAAUCUUAAAAGAUAAUUAUAUAAAUCUCCUUAGAAUUUUAUAAUAAGAUUAUUGUGAUUAAAUAAAAUAAAGAUGGAUGAAUUGCAUUUUAAGUUAUUCUACUUAAAAUAUCAAUCUUUCUUCUCAUACAAAUCAAGAAUUAGCAAAAAAUAAACGACAUUCCUUAAAAAAUACUGAAUUUUAAAGAAUAGUUUAUAUUGAAGCCAUAAUUCCUUUGCAUUCACAUCCAUUUAUCUUUAGAACCACUCACUUAAAGCAAGGAUUAUAAUAAAUUUCAAAUGAUUUUAGAGUUCAUUAUGUUGUUUUACUUCAUGGUUAUUAAGGUACAUCUUAUGAUAUGAGAUAUUGGAAGGCAAUUCUAAAAAUUCGUUUUUAGGAUAAAAUAAAAUUGAUAUUGCCUACAUGUAAUGAAUUCAUUAAUAAUAAAUCUAUUAAAUAAUAAGCUUAUGAUUUAGCUGAAGAAAUAAUUGAUUAUAUAAAUCAUGAAAGAGUAUUUGAUUUCAAAUUAUCUUUUGUUGGACACUCUUUAGGUGGACUUAUAAUUAGAGCAGCUUUACCAAUGUUAUAAUAGUUUUAAAUUUAAAUGCAUUCUUAUAUAAGUUUAGGUACUCCACAUUGUGGAUAUGCCCCAUCUAAAAGCUUUUUAAUUGAUACAGGGUUAAUGAUGAUUUAAAAAUGGAAUAAAUGCAAAACACUUCAAGAAUUGAGUUAAAAAGAUAAUAAGAAUAUAGCAUCAACUUUUCUUUAUUAGUUAAGUACAUUUGAGGGAUUAGAAUGGUUUAAUAAUGUUGUUAUUCUAUCAUCUCAUUAAGAUCAUUAUGUACCUUUUCAAUCAGCAUUAAUUUAAAAUAUUGAAGAAUCUAAUGAUCCAAAAAUCAUAUUUUAUAAUUAAAUGGUUACAAAUAUAUAAUCAAAAUGUAAAAAGAUUGAUAGAUUUGAUAUUGACUUUUUGAUUACAAAAAAGUAUAAAUAUAAUUUAAUAUAUUAAGAAAAUUGGAUAAAUUUAUAGGAAGGGCAGCUCAUAUAGAAUUUAUAGAUAACUUAUUAUUCGUAAAGAUGUUUGUUUACUUAUUCAGUGAAUUUUUUAUCUGA